AAAAACUAAGGAAAGCCCUAAAAAACUUAUGAAAGAACGAAGAGGCUGUUUCGCCGCUGAUUGAUUUCAACACUUUGGGGGAAAGAUUGUUACAGAUGGUACUGUACUAUCUAAAGAUUUGCCGAAGAUUGUGUGUAGUUAGAUACUUAUAGGGUUUAGCUAUUGUUUACUAGUCAGAAACCGCGUAUAUGAAAAUCUAUGAGAUGUUUUGGAGUUUCUGGAAAGGGUUUUGCAAUGAAUAUGGAAAGGAAGCCAAAUGGGGUUCGGUCAAAUCAUGGGAAUUAUUGGUUGUUGGUUCAUCAUUGCCAUAACUCUGUCUGUGUUUGUUCAUAUUAUACAGGAAAAGAAAAAGCAAAAGGUUUAACAACGUUUCAUCUCCUGAAAGAUCAUCAACAAGCUUUGCAGGGCUGUUCUGACUAGAGAAAUGGAUCCGGGUCGCUAUGGUCUUCAGCAAGGAUGGGAUAAUAACAGCGCUCUGGAGGGGUAUGGUGCAGUUCACGAACCAAACUUUCGGAUUGGUGGGUCAUAUGAUGACAGAAGGUUUUUAGAUGAAAGAUACUCAAGGGAUAACAUAUAUCCGAGAAAUGCAUUUCAUCGUGACAUUAUUAAUAGGGAUAAUUACCCACCCCCACCCCCACCUCAUCCUCAUGUUGGUAUUUGGCCACAGUCAAGAAGGAGAAGUUAUGAAGAAGAAUUCCCAAUUGAUAGGGAAUCAAGGCGACAUGAGAAACCAUACAAUGAUCCAUAUCAUGAAAUGGAUACUUUUCAUGAGCCUGAGCUUGAUACUUUUAAGGAAUUUGACGAAUUUCGGGAUGGCUAUCGAAAUAUUGAAAACUAUCGUGAUAUUGGAUUUGACAAAUCUGCUAGGGUAGGGGGACGUGAUCAGGAUGAGUAUGCACAUGAUGAUUAUGAUCAUAGGUCUCGUGCUUCCCAUCAAAGUAGUAGGGAGGACAGUCGUGAAAGAGACUAUGACUAUGGUCGGAAUAGUUAUGAUUCUGAUUAUGAUAGAGGUGGUAGGAAAGAUGGUAAUUGGAGGAGGCGGGAAUCGCGUGAUCGAGAAAGAGAUCAAAGUCCCUACAAAAGGCAUGAUAGGGAAAGAGAUCACAGUCCAUGUAGAAGGCAUGAACGUUCUCGGUCUCGUGGACGUGAUGACAAUGGCCAUACUAGAUCAAGAUCUCCUCGUGGUCGUAGCCAUGGUCGAAGUCAUCGAGAGGACAGCUCUGAUGAUGCUAGGCAUGAAAGACAUGAAAGGUUUGAGAGGCGACGUGACCGUGAAGAGAAGCGUCAGCGUGAUCACUACUCUGUGGCACCAUCAGCUACUGUCGUUGUGAAGGGUCUUUCACAAAAAACAACUGAAGAAGAUCUUUAUCAGAUCCUCGCUGAAUGGGGUCCUCUUCGUCAUGUUCGAGUUAUAAAGGAGCGAAACUCUGGCAUAUCACGGGGAUUUGCUUUUAUUGAUUUCCCUUCUGUGGGAGCUGCACGUGCUAUGAUGGAGAAGCUUGGAGAUGACGGUCUUGUUGUUGAUGGCAGGAAGCUUUUCUUUGAGUAUAGUAGUAAGCCAACUGGAGGGGCUGGUGGAGCACUUGGGCAAGAAGGAUCCACCAAAGUGGGUAACCAUAGAAGCGUCACAGUGCCAUCUGAUUGGAUGUGUAUUAGUUGUGGCUACAUUAAUUUUGCACGGAGGACAUCUUGUUUUCAGUGUAAUGAAGCACGAUCUGAAGAUGCUCCCCCCGCAGACAUUUCUCAGUCAAAUCCAACACCUUUGGGAAAAAAAGGAUUAGAAGCUGGUCCUACUCAUGUAUUGGUUGUUCGUGGACUGGAUGAAAAUGCCGAUGAAGAAAUGCUUCGUUAUGAAUUUUCCAAGCAUGCUCCGAUUAAGGACCUUCGCCUUGUUAGAGACAAAUUUACUCAUGUUUCAAGGGGGUUUGCAUUUGUACACUUUCAUUCGGUGGAAGAUGCUACAAAAGCUCUAGAAACAACAAAUGGGACAACACUCGAAAAGAAUGGCCAGAUUUUGAGAGUAGCAUACGCAAAAAGCAUUCUUGGUCCAGGAUCAGGAACAUCAGGACAUUCACAGUCCAGUAGCCUUGCGGCCGCUGCAAUUGAGGCAGCGGCAUUUUCUCAACAGUAUGAUGCUGUUGGAUGGGCACCAAAAGAAUACAAUCCAGAUGACAAGCAAUCUGUUGGAGGACUGGGGCAAAGUGGUGGGGAUAUUGUUGUCCAAAAAGAGGGCUCGGCUCCACAAUCUGGUUUUGUUUGGGAUGAAGCAUCUGGGUAUUAUUACGAUGCUGCUUCUGGCUUCUACUAUGAUGGAAAUACAGGUCUUUAUUAUGAUAGUAAUAAUGGGAUUUGGUAUUCGUAUGAUGACCAAGCACAACAGUACAUCCCUUGCACAGAUCAAAAUGACAACAAAACGAUGGCUAGUCAAUCUGAGCUUUCCAAAAUAUCAGAUGGUUCUAAUGACAGGAAAGUAGUGAUUUCUGCUCCGGCUACUACCUCAAUAUCAGAGAAGGGAUCAUCAUUACCAGAUGUUGUCCAGGCUGCUGCAACUGCAGCAAUAGCAGCAGAAAAAAAAGAGAAAGAAAAGUUAAAAGAGAUUAAGUUGGCGUCAAAAAGCAGUAUUCUAGCAAAUAAAAAGAAAAUGAAUAAUGUAUUGUCAAUGUGGAAACAGAGGAGUCAUGAAGGCCAAACAACUCGUGUGGCUUUGGAUGACGGUCAGCCAACUGUAUCAACUGAAGAUAGAGCUCUUUAUGGUGGUCAGGCCUCAAAGAACAAGUUUAAGAGUGACGUGUUGAGUGUGAAAGAGAAUGUAACGACAAGUUCAGGACUUCCUACUCCUGUUUUGUCUUCCCAGAAUUCAAGACCUGUGAGUAACAGUUUGGGUGGAAGUUUGAUGGGUGUCAUAAGGGGUUCUGGAAGAGGAGUGACAAAAUCAGAACCUUCAUCUUAUGGAUUGUCAACUGGAGUCACUACCUCUAUGGUUUCCACUGCAAAUGUGGAUGGAUCAGUUCUGUUGGCUAAUCAAGAGAUACCACAUGUUGUUACAUCCUUUAAAACAGAUGCAUCUGCAUUGGGGUCUUAUACACCACCUGUUUCUGCUGGGAGUGGAAAAAGAAGGUUCUCUGAAAUGCCUCUUCCUGUAGGUCCUGGUCAAAAGGAACAGUUUCAGACAACUUAUAGAGAUCGUGCUGCUGAGAGGAGGAGCCUCUAUGGCUCGUCACUAUCUGUAGGAGAUAAUUCAUCCGACCUUGGUUUAGGGGAUGCGACUCGAGAUUUUGUUCCAAGGAAGGGUUCAUUGGAUCCAAUGCCUUUUCCUCCUGGUGUUGGUGGAGGACGUCCUGCUGGUGAUGCAAGCGUAAGCAGCUAUGAGGUGAUCACAACAGAAAAAGCAAUUGAUGAAAGUAAUGUAGGCAAUCGAAUGCUCCGCAGCAUGGGAUGGCAUGAGGGACUGGUAAGAGUGACUUGCUGGUUUCAUUUGUGUAGCUGUAUGCUCAUCUGCACUUACACCUGUUUAUUUUUGCUUUCAGUAUCCUUCUGUGUUUUAUGUCUUUGUUUCAAUGAAAUGAUUGUAGCUUUAAUAGUUGGUUUUAACUGGCUACAUUAUUUAACGUCUUUGUUAAUGAAUGGAAAUAUAUUUUUGUUCCUUUACAUUGGGUGAUGUUUUUUGUUUUCUUUUACCUCACUUAAUCUCCUUGAGUUUGAGAAAGGUACAUGAUCUCCCUCAAUUUUUAGAUACCAUGCCUUCCCUUGGUGAAUUUAUGAAGUUUCAUUCCGUACGUGUUUGCCUGUUGGUUCCUUGAGAAUAGAGAUUUUCAACCUUGUGCUGUCCACUAGCUAAGUAUUGGCAUUUCUAAUAUGUCAGAGUUUUGGUAUAUUUCUUUUGUCUUCGGAUGUUAUAUACAGGGGCUAGGGAAAGAUGGGAGUGGAAUGAAAGAGCCAGUGCAGGCACAAGCGGUGGAAAGUAGAGCAGGACUUGGGAGUAGUAGGCAGAAGAAGUUGGAUCCUAGCCUUGAGGUGCAGGCUGGGGAUAGUUACAAAACUCUCAUU